GAUUUACAAGUGUAACACUAACCGGAGCUCACGCAUGCGAGGAAACUGCAGUGAAGAGGAUUUGUGCUCAUUAUCAGCUGUAAACACUUCAGUACAGUUCAAAACUGCAUUUAAACAUGGAUUUGGAGGGUGGCACAUAUGAGCCCGGGUUUGUGGGCAUCAGGUUCUGUCAGGAGUGUAAUAACAUGUUGUAUCCCAAAGAGGAUAAAGAAAACCGCGUUCUGCUCUAUGCUUGCAGAAACUGUGACUAUCAACAGGAAGCCGACAACAGCUGCAUUUAUGUGAACAAAAUCACCCACGAGGUUGAUGAACUCACACAGAUUAUUGCAGAUGUGGCCCAGGAUCCGACAUUGCCUCGGACAGAGGACCAUCCAUGCCCAAAGUGUGGCCACAAAGAGGCGGUGUUCUUCCAGUCUCACAGCAUGAAAGCUGAGGAUGCCAUGAGGCUUUAUUAUGUGUGUACUGCUCCACACUGCGGCCACAGAUGGACAGAAUGAGGAAGAUGAAGCAGAUGAGAGCGAACGAGCUGCUCCAGGGUUCUGUGCCGCUAUUGUUCCAGAACAUUCCUUAAGAUUAUUUCUCAGUUUAGACAUCAAUAUCACAAAUUUAAAGUCUGGAUACUUUUGCCAGUGAUUUGCAUUUGUGCCCUGGAAGCCAGUGUUGUUGUUGUUGUUUUUUUGUUGAUCCCUCUGAAAGUGUGACCGAUGUUUAAACAACAACAACCAGUAUUGAGAGACUCAUACUUCAAUAGUAUGUUUAUAGCUGCACACUUGUAAGCAUAAUGUAUUUUUUUGAAAGUUUGUAAUAAAAAAUGACAAAAAAGUGAGUUGGGAUUUAGUUUUAAUUGUGCUAAAUUUAGUGAUGGAUUAUGAAUAAAGUGGCCCCAAAAAUAA